AUGGACUUGGAUGGCGGUUUUCAUCAUGAGCGGGACGAGCAGAUUAUUCCCAAGGUCCUCUGCUGCAUGUGUGGCCUGCUGAUCGACAGCAACCCCAGCAACAUGUGCCCCAGCUGUCUACGUUCACACGUUGACAUCACCGAGUCGCUGCAAAAGGAAUACAUCAUCGUGUACUGCCCGGAGUGCGCCCGCUACCUGCAGCCCCCGCAGUAUUGGAGCCGCGCAGAACUGGAAAGCCGCGAGUUGCUCACCAUUUGCCUCAAACGUAUUAAAGGGAUGAGUCGUAACGUGUUUAAGCUAGUGGAUGCGAGCUUCAUAUGGACGGAGCCACACUCAAAGCGUCUUAAGGUGAAGCUUGUGCUACAGAAGGAGGUGCUGAGCAACAUUGUCAUUCAACAGGCCUGCAUCGUGGAGUAUGUGGUGCUAUGGCAGCAGUGCCCAACCUGCCAAAAAGUGGCAACGGGGCAACCACAGUGGGAUGCGUGUGUGCAGGCACGACAAAAGGCUACACACAAGAAGACAUUUCUUUUUCUUGAGCAACUGAUACUGAAGCACAAACUGCAUGAGAGUUUUAUCCGCGUUGAGACUCAACCAGAUGGUUUGGAUUUCUUCUUUGCUCAUAAGAGUCAUGCACUGAAUUUUUUGGAGUUUUUAAGCCGUAAUAGCCCGAUAACACGUCGCGAUGCCGUACAGCUGGUGUCGCACGACAGCAAGAAUAGCACAGCUGUACAACAUCAUACGUUUUCGAUCGAAAUUGCUCCAGUGUGUCGUGAGGACCUUCUCUUGCUUCCGUACCAAAACUACUACCUGAAACUUGGUGGGCUGGGACCGCUGGUACUUGUACACAAGGUAUACAGCAGCAUCGUGUUGCUUGAUCCUAAAACGUUGCGUGCCGGUGAGUUUACGGGGCAGUUCUACUGGAAGAAGCCGUUUUUCUCCAUCAUGAGCUCCCGCGAACUGACGGAGUUUUACGUUUUGGAAUGCACCCCUACCGGUGUCACAAACGGCCGCUACCAACUCGGUAUUGUGACCGUCUGCUUGUCCUCCGAGGUGGGCCACGGGCGCGAGUGGAUUGUGACUUCCCACCUCGGUGGUCUACUGCAGCCAGGCGACCUUGCGAUGGGGUACCUGCUCGAGGGGAAGAACUUCAACAACGAGGAGUGGGACAGCCAGCGGUACAAGCCGGAACAACUCCAGGACGUGGUGCUUGUGCGGAAGCACUUCCCCGCCCAAAAGGCGCGUCGCCACAGGCGGGUGUGGAAGCUGAAGCAUCUGGACGUCCUGGACCCUGUCUCCGCGGGACGCAACGCCAAACACCAGGAGGAACUCGAGGGGGAGCGGCGCGAGUUCGAAGACGAGCUUGAACGUGACGCAGAGUUCCGUCGCGACGUGCCCAUCUACAAGAUGUCGGAGGCCGAGUUGGCUCAGCGUGCAGAAAGGAGCGGCAACGGUGACAGGGGGGCUGAUGCCGAAGAGGACGCGGAUAAUGAAGUGCCAGAGAUUGCACUUGAGGAGAUGCUGGACGAGCUUAGGAUUGAGGACGAUGUACUGGAUGAUGCAGGCGAUGACGCGGAAAACGUGAACUCAGAGCACCCAAAUAAGAAGCAACGGGUGGGGUAG